GCGGGCCGCUUGCCGGGGACUGAGCGGGGCGGCGCGCACUCUUGACCCUGCCGGGAUCCCGGGCGGUGUACCCGUGGGGCGGGGAAGGACCCGGAUCGCCGGGCUCAGCGGCCUUGUGCCCGGGAGGCGACGCACUGGAAGGCGGAGGGCUUCGGAUUGAACGCCUCUGGCGGCUCAAAGCCGGGAGGAGCCGUGCGGGGGCGUCUUCGGAAACGCAGGGAGCCGCGGACCUGCGGGAGGGGGCGGCGGCCACCGCACUGAGGCUCCUCCCCGGGUGACCACACUGGCUGCUUUCGUUUCCUCUCGUGACAGCUUGGAUGCCCGGUUGGCAGCUGCUUCUAACCGUCUGAGCAAUCUAUGGCCUGGGGCCUUCUGAACCCAUGGGUUUGAGACUUGGUCUUUCAACGUGGUUCUUCAGGGAGGAGGGAGACGUUUAGACAGGUGACAAGGCUCUCAUUGGGUGAGGGUUGUUUUGUCUCUGUCUCCAUGUUUGGCAGCACUGCUGACCUAGUAGUUAGGACCGGGGCUCGUGUUGAGGGCUUGGGUUACUCAGACCAUGUGGGCUCUGUCCUCUGGGUUCUGGUCCUUUCUACCUGUCCUGGUGUUUAUUAAGGUGCAUUUGUGCUUCCACCCAUUCUCUGCGGUGCUGCAUGGGAUCCAGGGGCCGCUUGCAAGAGCCUCUGAAGAGGGCAGGGGAGGGAACUGUGAUGCAGCUUCCAGUCCCCUUCCUGGUAUCCCCUCCACCCCCAGUGCCUGUGAGGGUAGGGGCUGGAGCUUUAUUCUACUUUUGAGGAAGAGAGGACCCCUAAGAAGCAGCUUUGUGACUUAGGUGUCCUGAAGUAUAAAAUGGGGGGCCCUGAAGAGCAACAGGUGUCAAAAGCAUGUCCAGGUGGGCUGGUCCUUUCCUGUCAUGUUAGCGUGUGCUGCUCUGAUGGCUUUGUUUCCCUAAAGAGGCCCCCAUGCUUCUGGAGGGUGGGAACUAGGGGGUGGCCUUGUCCCCCUUUCCAGUCCUCCCAGCUCAUUGCUAGACAUCUAGCACUUGCUCUUCAGGGCCCUGGCAGCCACUGUGCUGGGCUGUCUCACCACCAGUGUGUAGAGGGGUCCGUGGCCGGGCGGUGGCUUGGGUUUGCCCUUCCCGCUGAAGGUCCCUUCCCUGCAGGUGGCCUCCCGCCUGGCCCAGCGCCAUGCACACACUUGUGUUCCUGAGCACGCGGCAGGUGCUGCAGUGCCAGCCAGCUGCUUGCCAGGCCCUGCCCCUGCUGCCACGCGAGCUCUUCCCCCUGCUGUUCAAGGUGGCCUUCAUGGACAAGAAGACGGUCGUGCUGCGCGAGCUGGUGCACACAUGGCCCUUUCCACUACUCAGCUUCCAGCAGCUGCUGCAGGAGUGUGCACACUGCAGCCGGGCCCUGCUGCAGGAGCGGCCCAGCACGGAGAGCAUGCAGGCGGUGAUCCUGGGGCUCACUGCCCGGCUCCACACCCCAGAGUCUGAGGCUGGCACGCAGCCCCUCUGCAGGAAGCAUGCACUGCGGGUGCUGGACCUGACGGGCCUCCUGGAUGAUGGUGUGGAGCAGGACCCCGGCACCAUGAGCAUGUGGGACUGCACGGCAGCCGUGGCCCGCACAUGCAUCGCACAGCAGCAGGGUGGUGCUGUGGAGCCCGGCCUGGCCCCUGUGCCUGUGGAGGUGCGUGUAGACCUGCGGGUGAACCGGGCCUCUUAUGCAUUCCUGCGGGAGGCACUCCGCAGCAGCGUGGGCAGCCCGCUGCGGCUGUGCUGCCGGGACCUGCGGGCGGAGGACCUGCCCAUGCGCAACACCGUGGCCCUGCUGCAGCUCCUGGACGCGGGCUGCCUGCGCCGUGUGGAUCUGCGCUUCAACAACCUGGGCCUGCGCGGCUUGUCUGUCAUCAUCCCGCAUGUGGCCCGCUUUCAGCACUUGGCCAGCCUGCGGCUGCAUUACGUGCACGGGGACUCGCGGCAGCCCUCCGUGGACGGUGAGGACAACUUCCGCUACUUCCUGGCCCAGAUGGGCCGCUUCACCUGUCUGCGGGAGCUCAGCAUGGGCUCCUCUCUCCUCUCCGGACGGCUGGACCAACUGCUCAGCACCCUGCAGAGCCCCCUGGAGAGCCUGGAGCUGGCCUUCUGCGCUCUGCUGCCUGAGGACCUGCGCUUCUUGGCACGGAGCCCCCAUGCUGUCCACCUUAAGAAGCUGGACCUGAGUGGCAACGACCUGUCCGGCAGCCAGCUGGAGCCCUUCCAGGGUCUGCUGCAGGCGGCAGCGGCUACACUGUUGCACCUCGAGCUGACCGAGUGCCAGCUCGCCGACACCCACCUCCUGGCCACCCUCCCCAUGCUGACUCACUGCGCCAGCCUCCGCUACCUCGGGCUCUAUGGCAACCCGCUGUCCAUGGCGGGCCUCAAGGAGCUCCUGCGGGACUCGGCGGCCCAGGUGGAGCUGCGCACAGUUGUGCACCCCUUCCCCGUGGACUGCUACGAGGGCCUGCCCUGGCCGCCACCUGCCUCGGUCCUGCUAGAGGCCUCUAUCAAUGAGGAGAAGUUUGCCCGUGUGGAGGCCGAGUUGCACCAGUUGCUGCUGACCUCAGGCCGUGCCCAUGUGCUCUGGACCACAGACAUCUACGGGCGCCUAGCUGCAGACUACUUCAGCCUGUAACCUUGGGCUUUGGGUGAGAAACAGGCUGUCCUGGGGGCCAGGGCUGUUGGAGGCCCCCCUUGGGUAGGCAGAGCCUUGGCUGGGACCCUGACAUGAAGGCACUGGUCUCGCAUUUCCUUGUUCCUGCGUGCGCCUCAACCUCCUUGUGCUUUUUGCAGUGUCCUGUGCAGAUUGCCCUGCACCUGCUUCCCUGACUGGCCGGCCAUCUGUGGGCCUGGGGUCUGCAUUCCCGGCCUGCAUAGCCCUACUUAGUUUGGCUACCCUCUGGUAUCCUGGCCCUCUCCUCAGAAUGUUCCUGGGGUCUCAGUGCUGAGCUAAGGGAGGGUGUUCUCUCUGGGCCCUGUCCAAGAACAGACUGUUCUGGGGCUGAAGUUGGGACAGGGGCCUUCUUCGAGGAGGGUUGGGUCCUGAUGCACUCUGUCCGGAGCCUGUCACAGUUUUCCCAGCCCUGGCACCCGGGACACCCAGUUGGCCGUGCUUUGGAGCCAGAGGCUGUCAUUAAGGCACAAACGUGCAGUGUGUUUGCAACUUAAAUAUGUGGCUGCCUUUUCUGUCCUAA